GUAGUGGAUGAGAAUAGCCGGGUAUUUCGAGUGUGGAAUCGUAGUAUAAACGAUAAUUUGUUGACAUUCUUCAUAUACGUUUUUGGAUUUUAAUUCUCCCUCAAGCGAUCCAGACAGGAUGGAAACUCUUUUGGAACAACAACGGAGAUUUCAUGAAGAGCGAGAAAGAUUGAUGGAUACUAUGGCAAAGGAGAUGUUGUACGAAAAGAAAAUGCAUAGAGAAAGAAUAAAUUCAGACCAUCGAUUGAAGUUGUUACUCGAUAGGUAUACUGAUGCCACAUCAGAAUUAAAGGAGCUCUACGAUGACAAGGAUGGAGCAGUUAAGCAAGAAAUUGCUGCUCUUUCAGGUCCUAAUGAAUUUGGAGAAUUUUACAUGCGUCUGAAAUCCAUAAAAGAGUUCCAUAGAAAACAUCCAAAUGAACAAGUAAGCGUCCCCAUGGCAGCUGAAUUCGAAGAAUUGGAUAGACUUAGAGAAAAUCCUGAAAUGGAUACAGUUCCAUUAGUUGAAUUUUCUGAUGAAGAAGGUUAUGGUAAAUACUUGGAUUUGCAUCACAUGUAUCAAAUGUUUAUUAAUUUGAAAGGAGUUGAGAAAGCUGAUUAUAUAAGUUAUCUCACUUCAUUUGACCGACUCUUUGAAAUAUCAAAAGAGAGAAAAAAUAAUGCUUAUAGAGAUUAUCUAAAAUCUCUGUUGGAUUAUCUCAAUGACUUUUUGCUUAGAGUCCAGCCUUUAUUUGAUAUCAAUCAAGAGAUGGAUAUUAUUAUAAAUGAAUUCAAAAUAAAAUGGAUGGAUGGAACCUUUCCAGGAUGGCCUAAAGAAACUGCUGGAGCCUUGACUCAUACUGGCGCUCAUUUGGAUCUUUCAGCGUUUAGCACUCCAGACGAACUUGCCUCCUUGGGUCUUGACAGAUUGAAGUCAGCUCUUAUGGCUCUUGGUUUGAAAUGUGGAGGUACACUGGAGGAGAGAGCAAAAAGAUUAUUUGCAACGAAAGGAAAAAGUCUUGAUGAACUUGAUCCGAGCUUGUUUGCUCGAACGAAGACAAAAGAACAAGAGAAAAAAGAAAAUGAGGCACUCAGGGAACGUCAUAGGGAAAUUGCACUCCUAGAAGCUCAAGUUUAUCGUUUCUCAGAAUUAUUAUCAGAGCAGAGAGCAGCCACCAGAGACAAUGUUCAAAGAAAACAAGCUAGAGGAGCUGAUGAAAGAGAUGAAAGCGACGACGAGGAAGAACCUAACAUUGAAAGCGAUGAUGACAAUGAUGAUGAUAUUCCAUACAAUCCAAAAAAUUUACCCUUGGGUUGGGAUGGAAAACCAAUACCCUAUUGGCUUUACAAGUUACACGGCCUCAACCUUAGCUAUAGCUGCGAAAUCUGUGGCAAUUAUACUUACAAAGGACCGAAAGCUUUUCAAAGGCAUUUUUCUGAGUGGAGACACGCACACGGCAUGAGAUGUCUUGGUAUACCAAAUACAGCUCAUUUUGCAAACGUUACACAUAUUGAAGAUGCAAUUGCUUUAUGGCAAAAGUUAAAAGUAACAAAAGACGUUGAGCGUUGGAAGCCGGAAACUGAAGAAGAAUACGAAGAUUCUGCCGGAAAUGUUGUAAAUAAGAAAACGUUUGAUGACUUGAAACGUCAAGGUUUAUUGUGA